GGUGACAGCAUUUUGCUGUACAUAGUGCAGACCACAAUGGCUCUUUUAAGAAAACAUAUAAGAAUGAACACUCUUAAAAAGACAUACAUAAUACUGAUAUGUAUGUUUCUGACUUUAAUUUUAUGGAGAAUUCAAAAACAGAGAAACAAUAUGGAGAGGUCUUUGAAUGCACAGGAGUUACCGGCUGAGAACCUGGGAGAAAAACUGGCUUGUGCAGCAAUCUGCAGAGGAGAUAUAGAAGGAGUUAUUAAGGAAGACUUCAACAGGCUUCUGAGGGAGAGAAAACGUAAGGCUUUGCCAGAGUCUUUCUAUCUCAAUGCAACAAGAAAUUGCGAUGCUUACAUCACAGACAGAGGAUUUCCAACUGUAGAACUCAGCGAGGAGGAGAGAGACUUUCCUAUUGCCUACUCUAUGGUGAUCCAUGACCAGAUUGAGAUGUUUGAGAGACUUCUCAGAGCUGUAUACACACCACAGAAUGUAUACUGUGUGCAUGUGGACAAGAAGGCUUCAAAAGAUUUCAUGAAGGCUGUGGAAGCUGUUGUUUCUUGCUUUCCCAAUGUGUUUGUGGCAACUAAACUGGAGACAAUUGUUUAUGCCUCAUGGUCUCGAGUCCAGGCAGACCUGAACUGCAUGGAAGAUCUGCUUCACUCAGCUGUCAAGUGGAGGUAUCUUCUCAAUACCUGUGGAAGUGACUUCCCGAUUAAAACAAACGCAGAGAUGGUACGUAUACUGAAAGUGCUUAAUGGAAAGAAUAGCAUGGAGUCAGAGAGCACUCCUCAGCACAAGAAGGCUCGUUGGCAGUACCAUCACAACGUCACUGAGUCUGGUGUUGUUAAGACCAAUAUUAGAAAGACCCCACCACCCAUCAGCACCCCAAUGUUCUCUGGAAAUGCUUAUUUUGUGGUGUCAAGAGAGUUUGUGGAAGCGUUGUUUAAAAACCCAGAGGCUAAAGCUUUGCUGGAGUGGGAGAGGGACACGUUCAGUCCAGAUGAGCACCUCUGGGCAACCCUUCAGCGCAUGCCUGAUAUGCCUGGCUCCAGCCCUCCCAACAACAAAUAUGACAUGACGGACAUGAAUUCCAUAGCCCGUCUGGUUAAGUGGUCUUAUCUGGAAGGAAACACAAGGAAAGGCGCACCCUACCCUCCGUGUGAUGGUGUGCAUAGAAGAGCAGUGUGUGUGUAUGGUCUCGGGGAUCUGUCCUGGAUGAUAAGACAGCAUCAUCUGCUCGCCAACAAAUUUGAUCCAGAAGUUGAUGUGGUUGCACUGACAUGCCUGGAAUACCACUUACACUUAAAAAUGUCAAUUGGACAAUCAAUAUAUAAAGCUUUAUUGCAGACACAGGUCCAUAAUCACAGUACACAUACAUAAUAAAUAGUAUAAAAGCGGAUACAAAAUGCAUAAGAAAUCACAUAUUAUCCUAUAGGACAUACAAACAAUUGCACCAAUGCCUUCUUAGCCUAGAAGGGAAUCUAUAGCAGUUAUUGUUGGUGGCAGUUAUUGUUGCUGUCUAGUGACUGAUGAAAUGGUGCUCCUUGAUAGCAUGUCUACUCAACAUGUAUUCAUGUCAUGUGUGGUAUGGUGGGUAUUUAUAUACCGUAUAUAAAUUAUUUUAUAUAUUUUUAUUUAUAUAUUUGUUUAGUUGGCUUUUUUAUUCUGAUUUAAACUCAACAUUAAGUUAAUGUUACAAAUGUAAGGCUACAUCACACCUUAAAGUGGUUUUGGUCUAAAAUUAAAUUCUUAUUAAAACUUUACAAUGGAGUCCCAUCAAGUUGCUUAUC